UCUGAGACCCCGAGGCAACCACCACCACCACCACCACUGCAAUAUGGUGUCUCAGACUUGCCCUCUCUCCCUCCUCGCCUUAUGGAUGUCUGUCUUGGCCGCUGCUGUCCUUAUGCAGGCCUCCGUCAGUAGCGGCGCGAGGCUGGAGGACAAGAUCUACAGGUUCAGACUAUGGCCGGGCACAGAGAGGGAGUUCCAGCAUUACCAGUGCGGCGCGGAGUUCAACAAGGAGACACGCAAGCUGUACAAUGAACUCAGCAGCGUGUGUGAGGACUGCAGGAAUGUCUACCGCUACGACCCUUUCCUCCGUCAGCGAUGCAUGAGCAAUUGUUUCGACAACGACAUGUUCUUCAAGUGCACCGAUCAGUUAAUGUACCCCAUUGAGAAGAUCAAGGACUACGAGGACAUGAAGAUGCAGAUCAAGGCAUAAGAGGAAACACUGACGCCACUGCAUUUGUGUAGUAGCUGGCGUGUGGCGGGCCGGCGGCAGCGCUGGCGGGGGUCGCGGGGCAGUAUUGACUAAACUAUCAUUAUUAUUAUUAUUAUCACCAUCACUGAUUGACUGUGCUUAUCUAUUUUCUAUUUUCACUUUUGCUGGAACCUUAAGCAGUUCUUGACAAAAGCAUUAGUAUUCAUUUAUUUAUCUAUUUUAUUUAUUGUCGUGUGAUUGUCAUCUAAUUAUUCAUUUUCUAUUGCGGCGGCAUGGCGUGUCUAGAUUAUUAUUAUUAUUAAUGUUAUUAGUAGAUGCAUUAGUUACAUUUUUAGUCAGAAGAGAAACUAAUCUAUUAUCAUUUAUCAUUAUUAUUUUUUUUCAUAUUUAAUUCUGCUCUUUUUUCUUUCUUUCUCUCGACGCGUAAAUGAACUUAGCACAAUACUACAAUUUAAUUAAGCAGAAUUAUAAGUUUAAUUACAAAGCUUUGACCCGAAAACAAACAAUUAUACGCAGUGCAUUUUAGUUAUCGUUGUUGUUGUUGUUGUUUUCUUCCAGCGCGCAGUGAAAACAACAAAAAUGAUAACCAAGAAAUCAAACUAUUUUACUGCAUUUUGCUAUUUCUUCUUUAUUUUGCAUCUUUCCUUGCUUCAU